CUAAAGGGGAGAAGCAAACCGAACCUCUAAUCGACCUAGACACAUAAAAAAUGCUCGGCGUCGAAAGAGAUUUGAGAUUCCGUAAGUAACUCAGUGAGUGCUUUCUAAGAAGGGCUUGGCUUGGAAAAAGAAAAUGAAAUACGAACAACCGCGCUGGUCGUAAUAGAUCGACUUUCAUGCUAGUUCUUGCUCCAGUAUGAAAGUUCCAUUUCAGGGAAGGACGACGUACCAUGAUACUUUCUGUUUUGUCGAGCCCUGCUUUGGUCUCUGGUUUGAUGGUUGCACGUGCUAAAAAUCCGGUACAUUCCGUUUUGUUUCCCAUCCUAGUCUUUCGCGAUACUUCAGGUUUACUUCUUUUGUUAGGUCUCGACUUCUCCGCUAUGAUCUUCCCAGUAGUUUAUAUAGGAGCUAUAGCCGUUUUAUUCCUAUUCGUUGUUAUGAUGUUCCAUAUUCAAAUAGCGGAGAUUCACGAAGAAGUCUUGCGCUAUUUACCAGUGAGUGGUAUUAUUGGACUGAUCUUUUGGUGGGAAAUGUUCUUCAUUUUAGAUAAUGAAACCAUUCCAUUACUACCAACCCAAAGAAAUACGACCUCUCUGAGAUAUACAGUUUAUGCCGGAAAGGUACGAAGUUGGACUAAUUUGGAAACAUUGGGCAAUUUACUUUAUACCUACUAUUUCGUCUGGUUUUUGGUUCCUAGUCUUAUUUUAUUAGUAGCCAUGAUUGGGGCUAUAGUACUGACUAUGCAUAGGACUACCCACGGAGCGGUGAAAAGACAGGAUCUAUUUCGACGAAAUGCUAUUGAUUUUAGGAGGACUAUAAUGAGGAGGACGACAGACCCAUCACAAUCGACUAAACGGAAAGUCGCCCCAAUGGGGAAAUAUUAAUAUUAUAUUGGUUCAAACCCAAUUUGUGAGUAGGCCUUCUUAGUGAAGAAAAGAAAUCGAAAAAAGCUGGAAAGACUCGUUAACAUCACCAUUGUGGGCUCAUCUCAAAGCAACUGAACUGCCUUAAGAAUAAGAAAGGGCUGUAUUUAGUGCAGAAUUGCCAUAUAGACAGAUAGAGGCAUACCCCAUCCAUAGCUCCAACCAAGACAUUGUUAAGGUAAACCUCAUCUUUGCAAGACUAAGCUGUCGGUUGCUAUUAAAGAGAAGGGCAUUUUUGGUUAUCCCACAUUCAACUGACUCCCCUGCGGGAAGGACAUUGGUUUUUUGUUUUACAGCUGUUAGAAUGCGUUCUGCACGUGAAUCAGAAAAAGGAAGUGCAUUUCUAAUGGCUGAAUCCUUUACGGAUAAGGAAUUACCUUAUUUUCCGUAUUCGUCUGCUUCUUCUUCCUCGAGAAAUUUAGUAGGGGCAUAUGGAAAGGGCCUAACUGCUGUUUUAGUGCACUUGUGUCCAUCUGCUUUCUGCUUCACUUCAAAAGAAUGACGUAGGUAGACAUGACUAUAAGGAAGAGUGGAAGGCUCAAGGCAUAAAGGAAAUUCCUUCUUAUUGAUAGCGAUAGGACAGGUGAGAACAUCCCUACUUCUCAACUAACUGGCCUAGCUUUCAAACUUGCUCUCUAGGCUUGAAGGUGGCAAACCACUACCUCAGUCUUCACCAAGCCAGAAAGAAGCUUUUAGGAAAAGCCAAACUCACUCGCCUGAAAGGAGUUAAGCCAGGAUACCCGCUCUUAGGCGGGAGUAUAAAGAUCCCCUUUUGAAUCUUAGGAAAAGAGCAAGCCCCGACUUCCCGUAAACAACGAAAACUGGUUCGACAUGAACUUGAAAACAACUCGUUUCGUAAAGCUCCAGCUUUCAACUACCUUUUUCUGGAAAAACGAUGAUGAUUGACCCCCUCGCUCCGACAUGCCCUGGGCCAGCCCUCUGACCAACCUCAAAUACAACACUGAGACUUGCCCUACUUCGAUCGACGGAAAGCUCAAAAGAACGUAUACUCUAGUCCAGUCCGAGGAGCCUUCGCCUUGCUUUCUUACCCGCGCUGGGGCUGCUACUAGUGGAGCCUAACUUGCCCCCUCUUUUGGUAGCCGGGGACAAGUCAUGCCCCACGGCAGCCCACCAUAGCUACACCUAGCUCCCAGAUUACAGCUUCCUAACUCUAGCCUAACUCUUCUUUCCAGAUUCUCAACUUCUAAGAAGGAAUGCUAUCUAUUCAUACCUGGGGCAGGCUAUUAGCUUAUACAGUUACCGUAUCUAGGAACAUAUUCCAUCUAGCUCCCAUAUCUAGUAUCAUAUCUAGCUUCCUAACUCCCAGGUUCAGUAACACACUUUCCUCCUGCGGAGCUUCCUACCCGCGCAAACUCCUUUCUUAGAGCACACUCUUCCUCCUGCGGAGCUAACCACGAGAGAUAGCUAACUCCCUUAUCUAGAACCAUAUUACAGCUUACUAACCCUAGCUUCUACUCUUAGUUGGCAGAUUCUCCUUCUACUAAGAAAGAGGGCUACCCUUUACUUAACUUACUUACUUACCCGAUUUCACAAGCUCUUAGUUCACAGUUAGCCGAUUAAAACCCUAUUCCCUUUAUAGUCUAAGGCAACACACUCGUUCGUUGCUUACUAAACCCGUUAGCAAGACCCGGUGGUUACGCACGUUCGUUGGUUACAUGCACGCUGGCAUCAAGGGAAGUGGAAUAUGGCACCCGCGGGAAUGGCACCGCUAGCUACUAAGCACACGUACACUCGUUCGUUACACACGUUGGCUAGGGAUAUAGGCAUACUCCAUAUUCACUAGCUCCCAUACUCACUCCCAUAUUCACAAUCUAGUACCAUAUCUCUAGCUCCCAUACUCCCAUACUCACUAGACCAAUUUACCUAUUCGUAUGCGGAUUGAUAAAUUGCGUAAGAGAGGAACUAGUAUCAGACUCAAGAGCCUACAGUUGGACUUACUAGUUUAGGUUAGGCGGAGGAAUCCCUGGUUGAUUCUCUGGAUCAUCUGGUUCAUUCUUCUUGGCUAACAGACUAGUCUCAGUGUAAGACUAUUGUCUUAGAAAGGGGAAUCUUAGAAUAAGAGUUUUUCUGGUAAGCAAAUUGAACUUACACCGCAGCAGACCGCGUUCGUAGGCCUCUUCAGGGAUCUCAAAGACAGUUAAACCGCGGAAUGCAAGACUUGGAUUUCCUAAGAGCGCUUUCAAGAGCGUUAACUGCCCUUUCUUACGAGGCAUUCAAUGCCCUUGAUCUCGCCCAAGGGGCUUUUUUCAAGGAGUGCAAUCCAAGGAUUAGAAGCCCUGCCCCGGAAAACGCCCUCCCCAACUCUUGGUUUUAGUUGCACUUGCUCUUGCUGGAAGCCCUUGCAAGAGAUCCAAAACCCUUUCUUCCGGGCAUUCAAUGCCCUUUCUCCUUUCUAUUUAAAGGCAUUUGACUAGGUCAGUGAAAAGGCGGGGAUAGGCCCAAGGCUUUCUCAAGGAGUGUAAAUGCCAAGGAUUACGAGACGGUAGGGAAUACGAAAUCAACCCCAACUCUUGGUUUUAGUUGGUUUGCACUUGCUGUAAGAGCUCUCAAAGAGAGGAAAAGACUUGGAUUUAAUGCACUUGGAUUACCUAACAGCUCUUUCAAGAGCUUUAAUAAGCCCGGGCAUUAAGCUUGAUUACAGGGGCUUGCACUUAGCCAUACGAUGCUUAAUAAGCUCAUUAUGGCAAGCAGCAAGUCAGUCUG